AUGUAUCCGGUUCUACAGCGCAGGCAGGCAGUACUCCAAUUCCCACCUUCAUUCUUCAACUUGGGCUUCAAUGAAGAUGAUGAGCUAUAUCAGAGCCUGGAACAGGAGAGUUGUGUGAAUGGGUUCUGGAUUGCUGUGCUCAGCAAAUGCUUUCCUCCACCAAGGCAUUUCGUUCAACCCAAUUCGGAAGUGAAAGAUUCCUCCGGGGUCGAUUUACUGGUCACAAAGCUCGGGUUCAGGUCGAGUGGUCAGGCGAUAUACACCCCCAUCAUAGUCUUCAAAGGAGAGGGCGUUGAUCAUAAAAAAGAUCAGAAGAAAGAAAAUCUCACGGACCAUAUUAGAACAUGCGCAGCGGACACAACAAGAAAACACAAUCUUAGGAAGAUAUGGUGCAUCGGCGCUAAGGGGAGAUCGGUCUGUUUCUAUUACUUCGGCACCACUUCGGUUUCGUGGACGAUGAGGCCCCUUCGUGUUGACGACGAUAUGAUAGUGAGGAUUGGGAAAAUUGAUGACUCACAAGCCGCCCAGUACUUUGAUCUCAGCGAGUUUGCAAAGAUUAAUGCGGCUUUUACCUAUAUCGUCAAUGACCUUGCAUAG